AUGGCAAGUCAAGAAAAUGUUGUCAAUAAAAAUAUUCUAGUUGAAAGAAUAAAGGACAAAAUCUCCGAAGAAAAAAGAUUAGUCGGAAAAAUCAUUAGUCAAGUAAAAUUAGUGAGAAAAAAAGCUAAAACUCCCUUAAAUAUCGACGAAAAGCAAUUACGAGUUCAUUUAAGCGAAACAAUAAAAGUUCCGAGAAAAACAAAUUAUUAUAUUGAACCUAACUUACGCAAAAAAUUUAUGAAAGAAAAAAACAAGGAAGAAUUUGUCAUUUUCCAGGAAAAGUUACGAAAAUUGGAAAGUGAGUAUUCAGCAACCAAAGAAAAGUUAAAGAUGUAUGGUUUGGAUGGCGAUUUUUCGGAAAAUGCCGAUUGGGUAUUAUUGGAAGAAAAAAAAAACAAAUUACAAACCAAAAUUGAUUUACUAAAAGCCAAAAUGACCGAAACGAACCAGGAAGACGAGAAAAUUAUCACUUAUCGUCUGCUAGCCACUGGUGAGGAAAAAACUAUCAAAGUAACUAAUUGGGAAAUUGACCCCUUUCAAGGCCGCAUUUCUUUUACUAGUCCGCUAGGCCUAGCCUUAAUCAAUAAAAAAGUCGGAGAAAUUAGCGAAGUGCAGACUAAUCAACAAAAUUAUAAAAUUCAAAUUUUAGCCAAAGAAUAA